UCCGGCUGCCGGGAGCCCCUCGCUGCCGGGGCGCCGAGCGAGCGGGGCCGCGGCGCUGCCGGAGAGAGCCCGGCGCGGUCCCGAGCGCCGGCGCCUCCGCGCCGCUGCCGGCGCGCCCCGAGGGAGCCGCUGCGCCGCCCCGCACCUCGGCCGCGGGACAGCAUGAGCCAGGCGCAGCCCUACGCCCCGCGGAAGGGCAGCUCCCCGGCGCCGGGGACCCGGCGGAACGACAGCCAGGACUACCUGCUGCUGGACGCGGAGCUGUGCGAGGAGAGCGCCCUGCCGCCCUACGCCUUCUACCCCGUCCGGGGCAACGAGAACAGGCUGGCCCUGCGGCGACAGACCAUUCUGCGGGAGAAGGGCAGGAGGCAGGCCAGCCGCGGGCCAGCCUACAUGUUCAAUGACCACUCCACCAGCCUUUCCCUGGAGGAGGAGCGCUUCCUGGAUGCCGCCGAGUAUGGAAAUAUCCCGGUGGUUCGCAAAAUGCUGGAAGAAUGUCCCUCGCUUAAUGUCAACUGCGUGGACUACAUGGGACAGAACGCCUUGCAGCUGGCAGUGGCCAAUGAGCACCUGGAGAUCACAGAGCUGCUGCUGAAGAAGGAGAACCUGGCGCGGGUGGGGGACGCCUUGCUGUUGGCCAUUAGCAAGGGCUACGUUCGGAUAGUGGAAGCCAUCCUGAGCCACCCCGCGUUCGCCGAAGGCAAGAGGCUGGCUCUGAGCCCCAGCCAGUCGGAGCUGCAGCACGACGACUUCUACGCGUACGACGAAGACGGCACGCGGUUCUCGCACGACGUCACGCCCAUCAUCCUGGCUGCUCACUGCCACGAGUACGAGAUCGUGCACACCCUGCUGCGGAAAGGAGCUCGCAUCGACAGGCCGCACGACUACUUCUGCAAGUGCAGUGAGUGCAAUCAGAAACAAAAGCAUGACUCUUUCAGCCAUUCUAGGUCCAGGAUCAACGCCUACAAAGGUCUGGCCAGCCCUGCUUACCUGUCUUUGUCCAGUGAAGACCCUGUCAUGACUGCCUUAGAGCUCAGCAAUGAGCUGGCCGUGCUUGCCAACAUUGAAAAAGAGUUCAAGAAUGAUUACAAGAAACUGUCUAUGCAAUGCAAAGAUUUUGUAGUUGGACUGCUUGAUUUGUGCAGAAAUACAGAGGAAGUGGAAGCUAUUCUGAAUGGUGAUGUGGAGAUGAGCCAUAAUAAUGGAGAGCAUGGUCGGCCCAGCCUCAGCCGCUUAAAACUCGCCAUCAAGUAUGAAGUUAAAAAAUUUGUAGCACAUCCAAACUGCCAGCAGCAGCUCCUCUCUAUUUGGUACGAGAAUUUGUCAGGUUUGCGGCAGCAGACAAUGGCAGUGAAGUUUCUGGUUGUCCUCGCGGUUGCGGUCGGACUGCCCUUCCUCUCCAUGGCCUAUUGGAUUGCUCCUUGCAGUAAGCUGGGGAGGAUAAUGCGUGGACCAUUCAUGAAGUUUGUCGCCCAUGCAGCCUCUUUCACCAUUUUUCUUGGUCUGCUUGUCAUGAAUGCAGCUGACAGGUUUGAUGGCACCAAACUCCGACCUAAUGAGACAACAGACAAUGUAAAACAGCUUUUUAGGAUGAAAACAUCCUGUUUCUCAUGGAUGGAGAUGCUUAUUAUUUCUUGGGUAGUAGGUAUGAUAUGGUCUGAAUGUAAAGAAAUUUGGUCUCAAGGUCCAAAGGAAUACCUGUUUGAGUUAUGGAAUAUGCUUGAUUUUGGUAUGUUAGCAAUUUUUGCAGCAUCAUUUAUAGCAAGGUUUAUGGCAUUUUGGCAUGCAUCCAGAGCCCAGAACAUUGUUGAUGCAAAUAUGAAAGAUCUGACAAGUCCAACGCUGGAGCCCAACAUAAAAUACUACACCUUGGCCAGAAUAAACUGGGAUCCAUCUGAUCCUCAGAUCAUUUCUGAAGGGCUGUAUGCAAUUGCAGUGGUGUUAAGUUUCUCACGGAUAGCCUACAUCUUACCAGCUAAUGAAAGCUUUGGUCCACUGCAGAUAUCACUUGGCAGAACCGUGAAAGACAUCUUCAAGUUCAUGGUGAUAUUUAUCAUGGUGUUUGUGGCUUUCAUGAUAGGCAUGUUUAAUCUCUAUUCCUACUAUCUGGGGGCAAAACAAAAUGAAGCGUUCACAACUGUUGAAGAAAGUUUCAAAACAUUGUUCUGGGCUAUAUUUGGACUUUCAGAAGUUAAAUCAGUUGUUAUCAAUUAUAAACACAAAUUUAUUGAAAAUAUUGGUUAUGUUCUUUAUGGAGUCUAUAAUGUCACCAUGGUCAUCGUCUUACUGAACAUGCUUAUUGCAAUGAUCAACAGUUCAUUCCAGGAAAUUGAGGAUGAUGCUGAUGUAGAAUGGAAAUUUGCAAGGGCUAAACUUUGGUUUUCCUACUUUGAAGAAGGGAGAACUCUUCCAGUACCCUUCAACUUAGUACCAAGCCCAAAAUCUUUGCUGUAUCUCCUAAUCAGAAUAAAAAAAUGUAUUUCUAAGCCAUUUUUGUGCCAAAAGAAAAGCUUUCAGGAAGAUGCAGAGAUGAACAAGCUUGGUCAAAGGAAGCAAUCGAGUAUCAGAAGUUCAGAUGAAAUCCACUUAAACAGUUUAAACAAUCCUCCAAGACAAUACCAGAAAAUAAUGAAGCGUCUUAUUAAAAGAUACGUCUUGAAAGCUCAGAUAGAUAAGGAAAGUGAUGAAGUCAAUGAAGGUGAAUUGAAGGAAAUUAAACAGGACAUUUCAAGUCUCCGGUAUGAACUCCUUGAGGAAAAAUCUCAGAAUUCUGAAGAUCUGGCAGAACUUAUAAGGAAACUUGGGGAAAAACUGUCACUUGACUCUAAGGAAGAAGAAAGCAAGAGAUAACCAAAAUAAGAUAUGCAACAGAAUGUUAACAAUUCACUUAAAGCCAUAUUUCUGUUUUCCUAAAGUCUAGCUGACAUUUCUAAAAAAGAUUCAGAAAUUAAAUCAUUCCAAUUCUUUAUUGAAAAAAAUACAGUGGCAAAUCCUCUAGGUCUACAGUAGGAAGAUCAUACCACUUCAGUAAAAAUGUUUAUUCUUUACCUGCUGAAGAAUAGUUGAUAUGAGAUAAUUUAAGUUCUCAAUUUACCAUCUAGAAUUCCAGUGGAAUCCUAAUGAGCUCAAUCACGAAAGAUUAAAAGCAUAGGUCUAAACUUUUCCUAUGUUAACUGUUUAUUUUUUGCAAAUGGCCUUUUGUAACCAUUACGUAUAUUUUAGUGAAGCAAAAGAGAAAAAUCCAGGCUUUUAUACAUAUACAUAUAUCAAAAGCUAUUUAAUUUUUCCAGCAUUCCCAACUAGGAAAAAAAUUAAAAAAAGCUAACGCCCUUUUUAAAGAAUGUGUAGGAUAUCAAAAUAAACUUAUGAACGUUUCCAUGUAGAGUUAGAUAUAAGGACACUCAGAGAACUGUGUUGUCCUUUCCCCUACUGAUCCCUGUCAGCACUGGACUGUCCUGCAAGGAUACCCUGGGUUCCAAUGGGAGUUAGUGCAUUAGGAAAAAAAUAUUUUUCACCAAGUUUAUUGAAAUGCUAUUUCUGAGCCUGGGAGGCUGGAAGAAAACCUUCUUUAAUCAAAAAUAAUUAACCCUUGGUGUUCCAAUCUGUUUCAGAAUUCCCAAGUUCCCCAGCUUUUAUGUGUUGAACUGAACCUCCCAAACUGCAGGUUAGGGGUUUGAAUGCAACAUUUUUAUUUGAGGUGGAAGAUACUAAAAUAGUAGGUGCAAACCUCUCUUUGAAUUCUGGGAAUGUCAUGCAUGGGGGACCAUGUUUCUCUAUGUUAAACCUGUUUAAAUUAUUAAAUUUUCUUUGGACAUAUGGAUAGCAAACAAAACAAUCUUGUUGAAAAAAAUAAUGAAAUCUCAUCUUCUAUGGAUUUGCAUCCCUCGUCCUUUUUUUCCACUGGUGACAGCUCAGCUCUUGUGCUGUAUUCUUUAGGACUCUUUUAAUGAAGAAUCUUCACUCCACAUGGUAAAGAAAGCUCCAACACUUUCACCCUGCCCACUGCAAUAGUUAAAAUUCUCUUUCUGUUAAACUGCAGAUGAGCUAUUCCAUGCUCUGUCUGGCUGUUUGUUGUGUAACAAUGUCCAUGUAGGACAGUCAGCUGGUUUCUGUCUUUCCAGAUAGAAACAGCAUAAAUUCCAUGUAAUUUUUCCUUGAUUAAUACAGUAAUUUGUGUUUCUCUUUUUGGACAGUCACUAAUUCUGGAAGUGUUAUAAACAUACAUUACAUUGGGCAUCUCUGCUUCUCUUUAAGCCUUUUUUUUUUUUUUUUUUUUUUUGAGAUUAGUGAAAGGGCUGUGAAAAAUUAUCACAUGGCAACCAGGUGUAUAACACACCUAUAAAAGACUUGUAUGAAACAAGACUUAAAAAGGCUUGUCAGUAAUUGCUUUAAAAUUAGCUUUGUGAAACUUAAUUACUGUGGAAUGUAUUAUAAUGUUUCUGCCUUUCCCUUUUAGGCUGGAGAUUAUUUUUAUUUGGUCUAGAUUAAUUUCCAGCUGGAUUUAUUGAUAGUUCUUUUUUAAAAAUUGUUGAUGGAAUCACUGUGUAUUUUCAGGGAAAAAAGACAUAUUAGAAAGGGUUUUGAAAUCACUUGGAGACAGGUAGGGGACUGAGGACAGCCUGCCCUGUGAGUGUUUGUCAUGCUUUGGAGGAAGAUCUUGGCACGAGAGUUUAGCCACAAAUGGAGUAUGGGGAGCAAUGAGUGUCCUGUGGGCCUCAGGUGCAAUGAACUCAGGGUUUAGAAACUUCUAAGGCUUCUUCCUCUGAGAGAGAAGGAGGAAAGUGAGGAUUCAAAGGUAGUAGAGCACAGGCAACUGGUGUGACCUUAGGCUGGAAGGCAGUGUGAUGGUAACUUCACGGCCUUUUGGCUCCUGGAUGGUCCCUGGCCAUCUCCCUUGGGCAGGACUGGCCUCUGAAUUGAAGUUCCACCUGUAUUUUGGAGUAUUUUGGAGUAUUUUGGACCUGGUUUUCUGAAACAGUGGGCAGCUCAUUCAGCUCCACUGAAGGGCUGUGCUAGAGGCCAUGCUGCUCAAAGCACAUCUUCCAUCUGAGAGAAGCUCCUCAGAAAAUUAAUUGGUCAGGAUCAGAGGUAACAGGAUCAAGGACAGUCAAUGUUCACUUUCAGUAAUCAGCAGUCUUAAUUUUUGGUCAUUGUAAUACACAAUUUGGAUCUGCUGUAGUGCUCGUUGAUGGUAAACCCUCACUCUCCAUAAACCCAGAGAGAGGAAAUACAAAUACACAAUUUGAGGUCCAGGCACUUUUAAAGUGAAGAUUUUUAUUACAGAGGUAAAAUGUACACUGUGAAUUUGUUUAAACCCAAAAUUUGAUGUACCUUAAAACUAUAAGAUCAUAAUGUAUAUAUUGUAUUUCAUGAAGAAAAUACAUAUGAAUUUUUUAAUCAUUGAAGCUAUUUUAUAUGUAGUUAUUACUCAUGGAACAAUUUGUUAAAUAUAUUUGAAGAGGUCUAUUGCCAAAUGUAGUGUGACAAGCAAUGUAGUAUUUAAAAUGAGCACAAUACCAAAUAUAUUAUCCUGAUUAAAAAAAAAUUAAAUGUACCAGACUAAAAAUGCCUUUGUGAUCCAUUGAAUGAACAUUUUGGUAUUUCAUUGGGAACCUUUGGCUGCUCCCACUUGGAAGACUGAUGUGGUAAAAAACUUUCAUUUGCUAACAACACUAAUAUUAAAAAAAACAUUUCAAAGAAGUCUUUUCACACUUAAUUAGACUCAAGACCAAGUAUUUUUUCUCCUGUGACUGUGCCUGAUGCUAGAUGUUUCAGAGCAACUGCAGCAACAUAAUUGUCACCUUACAUAGUUCUCCUUUUGGU